GUGUGAGAAAGCGCGCGCGCAAGAGGAGGCAGUGGGGAGAUCCUGGGAGCUCGCUAAUAUCUACACUGACUGGCAGCGGCUCUCCCGGGUUUCAUAGCUGCCAAGUUAUCCCUUUUUUAAGGGAUUUCCCCUUAUGCUGAAUAGGCUUCCUCGCGAGAAAAGGGAAAACUUGGCAGCUAUGCAGGGUUUCUGACAGGAGACAUUCCUAGAGAUGCCUGGGACUUUGUGCUCUCGAAACUGCGCGUCUUCCCUAUGAAUUCAGGCUGAAUUCCAGCAGUCCAAAGGAUCCGGGGCUUGCAAACUGAGGAAGGUAGUCAGGACGGAGGCAGCCGCUAUAAUACUGUUUUUCAGUGACGGCGGGGCGGGGCGGCGCUCGCAAGGGGCACGAAGCAGCAGGCUUUCUCCAGUUCACGAGCAGGCUGCCAGCGGGCGGCCGUGAGAAAGCAAGCAGGCAGCUGAGGCGGCGGCCGCAACAGGUGCCUCCCGGAUCCGGGAAACUCCUGCGGCGGGGCGCCGUGAACGUGGAAGUGUGGGCAGGCCCGGGCGCGAAGCAGGCCUCGUCAGCAAGGGAGGGAACCCCGCCCACACGCGCCCCAAGGGCUGAACCCAAGGGAGUCAAAAGGCGCGUGGACUAGAGACCACCGCUUUUCCCGCCCUUCCCAGUCAAGGCGCCUGCUGUCGCGCUCAAACACCCGCAGCCGGUAGUGGAGCCUUCUUCCUCGCUCAAAACGUACAAAAGCCUCGUUAUGCUCUUUCCUGUUUUGGAACUACAGUGAAGUACAGCAAUGAAGCCUCUGCUGUGCAUGCCUCAGCUGUGCAGGAACUCACCUGAGCAUAAUAGCUGACAUUGAGCUCUGUUCCCUGCCCCGUGGCUUCCAUUAUCAUUAUGGCAUUACCCUCCAGCUACAGCUUUAAUGUGGAUGCCAGACUGUUUUUGCCCAGGGGCAACACCAGCAUGAGGAAUGAUGGACAUGUGCAAGAACUUUUUCAUGAAGAAGCACAACAGAGUUCUCCGACACACAACAGACCUUGGUGGAAGAUACAUCUUUUUGUUUGGGAACCAGUGCUCUUUGGCACUUGGGACGGAGUCUUUACCUCUUGUAUGAUCAAUAUCUUUGGAGUAGUUCUCUUUCUGAGGACAGGGUGGCUGGUGGGAAACACUGGUAUUUUAAUGGGCAUGUUUUUGGUCUCCAUUGUCAUCCUGGUGGCCUUAGUAACAGUCUUGUCUGGCAUUGGGGUUUGUGAACGCUGCAGCAUUGGAAGUGGAGGAGUCUACUCAAUGAUUUCUACUGUCCUUGGAGGUCAAGUUGGGGGGACCAUUGGCCUCCUCUAUAUUUUUGGUCAGUGUGUUGCAGGUGCUAUGUACAUUACUGGAUUUUCUGAAAGUAUCUCUGAACUCCUGGGCUUCAGUAACAUUUGGGCCAUAAGGGGCAUCUCACUUGCUGUGCUGCUGGGUUUGCUUGGAAUUAACCUUGCCGGUGUGAAAUGGAUAAUUCGGCUCCAGCUGCUGCUUCUCUUCCUACUGGCUGUUUCCACGCUGGAUUUUGUCAUUGGAUCUUUCACACACCUCGAUCCAGAACAUGGUUUCGUUGGUUAUUCGGAGGAGCUAAUGUUGAAUAACACGCUGCCGAACUACAGCCCAGGGGAGUCUUUCUUCACUGUGUUUGGAGUGUUCUUCCCAGCUGCUACAGGUGUGAUGGCUGGGUUCAAUAUGAGUGGCGAUCUCAGGAAGCCUGCAACAGAUAUCCCUCUAGGAUCCCUAUCUGCUAUAGGUGUUUCGUGGUUUCUAUACAUAGUAUUUGUUUUUUUGUUGGGAGCCACUUGUACCCGGGCAUCGCUGCGCUAUGAUUUUAUGAUGGCAGAAAAGGUGUCCUUGGUGGGCUUCUUAUUCUUACUUGGUUUGUACAUUUCAUCUUUAGCAUCCUGCAUGGGAGGUCUGUAUGGAGCACCCCGAAUCCUUCAGUGCAUCGCCCAAGAAAAUGUGAUACCAAUACUUGCAUUUCUUGGACGGGGGAAAGGACCAAACAAAACCCCGGUGGCUGCAAUCUGCUUAACAAGCCUUAUCACCAUGGCCUUCAUUUUCAUUGGCCAAGUGAAUGUUCUCGCUCCAAUUGUCACCAUAAACUUCAUGCUUACCUAUAUUGUUGUGGACUACUCCUAUUUCUCUGUCUCCAUGAGCUACAGACUUCAGCAGAGCUCUAAAAAGAUAUUGAGAGAGGAUUCCAAGGUUGGGCUCAGCUGUUCUCGGCCUUUAAUACUGGACAGACCAUCCUAUUAUGGAUCAGGUGGAAUAAUGCAAGGCCGAUCAGAUGGCACCUUGCUAGAAUUCACAAAAGACAUGGAUCAUCUUUUUAGGCCUCCCAGUCAAGACCCAGGGGCCAAUCUUGAGGGAAAAGAGAAGGACAUGGGUGUUAGCCAAAUGGCCAAGCCGAGGAAGCAGAAGAAGGCAGUCAAACAAACGUUACAAGACAGCUUUCUCUUGGAUCUUGGCAAUAACAUUGCCUCUACCCAGGAUUUUUGCAGUGGUGACCUGGAAUACAGUGGUAAAAGUAUGCAGAGCUUUUCAGAGCGGAAUCACCAGGACGAAGAUGGUUCUGCUGCUGUAGGACCCAAGCGGAAGCAAGACCAAGACAGAGGCCAGCAUUUUGAAGAGAGGCAGAAAACUGCCAGUCACCAAGUGGAAGAUUUAAAUGUAAAACAACAAAGCCAAGAAUUAGAAAUUCAGAAAAUGCCAGCGUCCUUCUACUCCAGACUCUGUGACCGUUGGGUUUCCCUUGUUGGUGCAAUAGGGUCACUUGCAAUUAUGUUUGUUAUUCAGUGGAUCUACACUCUUGUUAAUUUGGGAUUAGCAAUUAUUCUAUAUUUCUACAUUGGCCAAGUGAGUCCAGGGCUACCACCUGGGGUAGCAGCCAACUUCAGCUUUUUCCAAUGGAUAAAACAACUUUUACUUAAUGCCUGCAGGGGAAAGCCAUCUCCGGAGGAGCGAUUUGUUGUGACACCGUCCCUUGCAACAGUUGGCAUGGAGACCACUCAGCUCACAGAAGAGAAUACAGAUUUUGCCUCCCGGGACCGCUACCACCAUUCCUCUCUUAUCACCAGAGAAGAGUUUGUUAAUCGGUUCCAGUGAGAAAGCAACAUGCCCAUUCAAUCCGCCAGCCAAUUAAAAACACUGGCCACAGACACACCACUUGAUUAAAAGGCUUUCCCUUUUAGAACUGAUUUUAAUGAAUACUGAAACUUCCAAUUAAAGGAGGGAGUCGGGGGAGAGAGUUUUAAAGUCUUGGCUUCCAAACUCUGUUCUCUUCUCUUAAAAAAAAAAAGUUUUACACCUUUUCCAGAACAUUAGGGGUGUUUGUGUGCAAUAACUCCACAGUUCAUGAUUUUUGUUUAAAAAUAGAGUUUUAUAAAGUUUUCUGGUUUUGUUGUAGAUUGUUUAUAUGACACGCUUAAUUCUAAUAUGUCCAUAUCUUAGCAUGUAAUUCAGAAAACCAUAGGUACAGGAUACCAGAAGAAUGAAAAAGGGAAGCAACAGUAGUCUUCAGUAUAGGUAGACUCAGCAGGUGAGUUAUUCGACAACUGAGCUUUGGACACACAGCUUUGUCAAACUUUAACUGCCCAGAACACACCAAAUUUAUGCUAAAUCUAUAAGUAGUGCCCCUUAUCCAUGUAGUGUGACACAGACAGCCCCCAUAUCAGACACGUUCCAUGCAGCAUCUGAGAUUUUUUUAACAAAAUUAAACCAUCAGAUGAGGGUUAAAAUGAGGAUUGCGUGUUGUGAUCGGGCACCAGAAAAUAACUCAGACAAUAAGCUGCACACAGGCAAGUGAGCAGGCUAGCAGGAGUGCUCUCUAAACUCUCUCUGGAUCAAGCCUAGAAACCAAGCAGGCCACCUGAGGAAGGAAGCCUCCCACCUCCACAUUCUGCAUAGAAAUGUAUUGGGGUGUUAGAGGAGGGAUGGAGCUCCAUUUCUGCCAGCUACCAGAAUAUGGUUAAAAAAUUUUUAACAAGCAACUAAGUAACUUUUGUACACGCAUUUACAAGGCUGACUUAGAAACCCUCUUGACAAUUUUUUUUUUAACCUGGCUGAGUACUUCUGACCCUUAAGCCCCCCCCCCACCUCACCCCCAGCUACUGUAUCUACCGUUUUUAUCUACUGUUUCUGAUGGUUGUGUGGAAGACAGGUCAUAAAGAGGAAUCAUGUGUUACAUGGACUCAGACUGGAGCAGUACCAGAACUCAGUAUCUUGGCGCUUAGGGUGGACAACAUGAAACAUGCCCCUGCCCCCAAACCAACCUCUUAUUUUAUGACGUGAAAAAUUAACAGCAGUUGUAAUAAAAAGUUAAACAGCAAGUAUAUUUCCAGUUAGUGGGUACCCAUGAAUUAUUUUCAGGAGCUCUAAGCUUGUUGACUCAAUUGAUCUGAAAGCUGCAGUGCAGAAUACAGCUGCAGUGCAGAAUACAGUGGAACCUCGGUUUAUGAACACCUCGGUUUACGAAUUUUCGGUUUACGAACGCUGCGGACCCAUCUGGAACAGAUUAAUUCACUUUCCAUUACUUUCUUUUUUUUUAAAUAAA